AGGGAAUAUACAUUACUUCAGUAGUUGAUUAGGUUGUUCAAAACAUUCGCAUUAAGUAUCUUUACUCUGGAAUAACGUGUGUGUAUGGUUGGUACCAUAUAACACAUGGAAUAAACUCAAGUUAGAAAACCAAGGAAAUAAUUGAAUUAUUGGAAAUAUCAUCAACCCACAAAGAUGGACAAGUUCGAUACGAAGCGAAAAUCCAAAUUCUUGGAUCGCUUUGCUUCAUCAGCCAACACAAAACCUAAGAAAGGUAAAGACAAAUAUGCGUAUAAGACGCCUUCAAUAUCUGAGGACCAUCCUACUGAUAACAUGAUCCCUGAUGUGGUGGCCACCAAACUAUCCGAGAGGGAAGUCCUCACGCUGUUUGAAAAAAUGCUGGACGAUAUGAAUUUAGCUGAGGAACGAAAGGAGCCAUUACGAAGCAAAGACUUGGAGAUUAAACGUAGCAUGGUUGUCCAGUGGUUGAAUAAAACAACUACAGUAAAGGGAGAACAAGCCAUGACCCCCCAACAGUUCAUCUACAACAUGCAGAGUUUGGUUCGUAAAGAAGAAUCUUAUCGUGGUGAAAGUAGCCGGGAGUUGUUACAAGUGUUGGAAUCGUUGCGUGUUUCACUCAACAGCAACCCACUCAGUUGGGUUCAAAACUUUGGACGGGAGGGUCUCGAUAUUUUGCUACGAAUUCUAAACGAUUGUUACGACAACAAUUACACAUCAGAAAUCCAUAACAAGAUCAAACUGGAAAUCAUUCGUUGCCUCAAGGCUUUCAUGAACAACAGGUACGGGAUUCGCGAUAUGUUUGAGAAAGAGAACGGGAUCGUCACGUUGUGUCGAGCCAUCGACCCCAAGAACAAAAUGAUGAUGACCGACACCGUUAAGCUUGUGGCGGCUGUUUGUUUGCUGGAGGAUGGACACGACAAAGUACUUGAAGCGCUCACGAUCUGCGACGAGAACGGACUCCUUCUCCAUCAAGGAUCGAUCACGGAGUUGCAGAAACAGAACGCUGUGUUACCCGUUGGUCCAACGAGGUUCGAUGCCAUCAUAGAAGGGUUGAGGGGUGGCGAGAAGUGGCCGCAGUUACGAGUGGCGUGUCUACAGUUGGUUAACGUGCUGGUGUGCACGCCUGAUGAGUUAGACUUCCGAAUGCACCUUCGUAACGAGAUCAUGAGAGCUGGGCUGAUACAUAUAUUAGAGGAUUUAAAAAAGAGUCAAAACGAGGAGCUAAAGAUCCAACUCCGAGUAUUUGAGGAACAUCGUGACGGCGACUUUGAUGAGUUGGUCGGUCGAUAUUAUGACGUCAAACAAGAAUUCCAGGAUUCUUCUGAGAUAUUCGAGUUUGUCCAAAACACGUUAGCAGGAACACCAAGCGAACCUUUCUUCUUAUCCGUGCUGCAACAUUUGUUGAGCAUCCGUGACGAUGAAUGGGCGAGACCACAAUAUUACCGAUUGAUUGAAGAAUGUGUUUCACAAAUCAUCUUACAUCGAAGUGGAAUGGACCCAGAUUUUGGCUAUCGCAGGAGGUUUGAGGUCGAUGUUGAUCCGCUUAUCGAUCAACUUGUUGAUAAAGCCAAGGUGGAGGAAAGUGAAUACAGAGCUACGGAAAGCCAGAAACAGUUUGAGCAAGAGUUAAUAGCACGACAAGAAGCGGAACUUAAGUUCAACAAGAAAAACAACGAGUUGAUGGAAAUUGAAAAGAAGUUGAAAGAACAAGAAAGUUUGAUCGUGCAGCUGCAAGAGAAGGUUAAACUUGGUGGCCCCCCACAAGGAAGUUCAGCCGCUCCCCCUGAGAGUGCCCCGCCUCCUCCUCCACCCCCUCCUCCUCCUCUUGGAGGUGUUCCACCACCCCCACCCCCUCCAGGUGGGGUACCACCCCCGCCCCCUCCUCCGGGAGGUGCUCCUCCUCCUCCCCCACCCCCGGGUGGUGGACCACCGCCCCCUCCAGGAAUGCCAAGAGCCCCAGCCGCACCCCGCUUACCAGGUGGCAUGGCCCAGAAAAAAGUCUUUAAACCUGAGACAGUAAUGAAGCGAAUGAACUGGAACCAGAUGAAAUCGAACGCGAUCCAGGAGAAAAGUUUCUGGGUAUCCGCGAAGGAAGAAAUAUUUGAGAGCCCCGAUCUCUUCACGAGGCUCAUGGCGACUUUUGGGCAAAAGAAAGUCACGAAGAAGGCAGUAGAAGUGGAGAAACCACAGAAAAAGGUUAAAGAACUGAAAGUACUCGACUCGAAAUCCGCCCAAAACUUAUCAAUCUUCCUUGGAACGUUGAAAGUUCCGUACGCGCAAGUGAAGACCAUGAUACUUGGUGUAACGGACGAUAUGGAUGAAUCACUCAUCAACAAUCUACUGAAACAACUACCUGAGCAAGAGAUGAUAUCAGCGGUGUCCGAGUAUAAGAAACAAUACGAUGACUUGGUGGAAGCCGAGCAAUUCCUUUGCACCAUAAGUGAAAUCAAGCGACUUCACCCUCGCUUGCAGCACAUUCGGUUCAUUCGUCAGUUCGAUGAAAUGGUGAGCGACAUCAAACCAGAUAUCGUGGCCGUCACCGCAGCUUGCCAAGAUAUCAUGAAAAGCAACAAGUUCAAGAAGUUUUUGGAGCUGGUGUUGUUGAUUGGUAAUUACAUGAACUCGGGUUCAAGGAACGCACAAACACUUGCGUUUGAUAUCAGCUAUCUCACAAAGUUAAAAGACACGAAAAACACGGAGAAUACGUUCAACAUGCUCAACUUCCUCGCUAGCAUGAUUGAAGAACAAAAGGAGAAGCGAUAUAGUGAAGUUCACGGAUUCAUCAAUGAUUUCAAGCAUGUUCCUAAAGCACACAGGGUAUCUGGUGAUCAACUCACGAAACACAUGAAGCAAAUGGAAGCUGGUUUGAAACUAAUGGAGAAAGAUAUCAAAGCUUUGGAAAAACCAAAAGAUCCAGAAGAUAAAUUCUCAGAAAUUUGUUCGAGCUUUGUUAAGAAAGCUAUGGAACAAUUUUCAUUGUUGCAAGACAUGCAUGAGAAUAUGACGUCAUUAUUCGCUUCCGUCGCCGAUUUCUUCUCGUUCAAUAUAAAGAAGAAACCAAUGGAAGAUUUCUUCCAAGAGAUGAAUGUUUUCAGGGAGGAUUAUCUGCGAGCUGUGAAAGAAAAUCAACAGCGAAAAGAACUUGAAGAGAAACAGAGGAAGGCAAAACUUGCAAAAGAGAAAGCAGAAAAAGAGAAAGAAGAGAGAAAGAAAAGAAGGCAGCCCGCAGGUUUAGACCUCGAUGCAGAGGGCGACCAAGAGGGGGUGAUGGACAGUUUACUCGAAGCUUUGUCGUCUGGGAAAGCUUUUAAGAAGGAAGGAAGAAGAAGAACGCCGAGGAAUGAUAAAGAUGAGGGCAGGCGUGCGACAUUAAGUCCGGGCCAAACCAUGGCCCACUUACGUGCCCAACAAGGGGCCCGUGCGUCCCUAGGUGCCUCGCGCAGUAUUGACCGUUCCAACGCACAAAACAUGUUGCGUUCGCUGAACCAAGCUCAUGAAUUCGAAGCGAAAAGCAAAAGUUAUAAAGGGGGCGGAGAUUUUCGAGCUUUGGAGAGAUCCCGAUCACGUCGGCACUUAAUGAGUCCCUCGUCAACGACAGCGAUCGAUAUUUCACUCGAUUCCGUGACCGCGGAUGAUUUAACUGACUCACCUGUGUUUAAACCUUCCAACGGACCCAAACGAACCGUCUACCACUCGAUGGAGGAAGCAACCAACGCGAAAACAUCAUCAGUCGGCCAACGGCGGGUCCGUAAACCGAUCGGCGGAAACGCAGAUGAUUUGCUCGCGCAAUUAAAUGCACUCUAGCGCCCCCUAGCCUUCACAAUGAUAUAAUACUUUGUAUGCUCGCUGCAUAAAUACCAAAUUCAACAUAUUUUAGCAUUGUGUGUUUCAAUUUUAAUGUAGUGUUCCCCCUUGUUAUAUUUUCAUACAUGUCGCCUUGCUGCCUUAAUCUAACCCAACACAUCUAAAGGGAUCUUAUUAUGCAAAACAACAUCAUACAUAUAAACCCCACCAGCGCUAUAUUGGUAAUUAUGUUCACCACACGUGCCCAACAAUUCUGUUGCAACAAAUUCAAUUUACAUUCAAUCCUGUGGUAAGGUAUUUAGAAAAUUGAUUUUUCUUUUUGUUAGGAAUUUUCGCAUCGGUUGUUUAAAACAAAUCCCAUCUUUUACUUUUUAUAUUCCAUUGUAGUUAGCAUGUGCGUAUACAAAGGCAUGAUCACCUUGUAUUUUAAUGACAAUCAUUUAUUAAUUCUCGCCAAGUCAUAUCAGUCUGGAUAAACAACUGAAAUACAAGUAUAUUGAUAUGAUUAUGUCUAGAACCCCCAGCAAUCAAACAAUUAAUGUAACGUUGACAUGAUCAAGAUUUUUUACCAGUUUUUAACUUCUGUGUAUAUAAAUAAAAAGCCCCUAUAUUGUU